AUGUCGAAACAAAAAAAUGAACAACCGCAAGCGGCCAAAGACAGUGAACAGGGUAUACACGAGACUCUAGGAAUUAAUAAAAAUUUGAAACUCAUUGAUGAACAUCAAUCGCAACAAGAUGUAAAUGAUGAAAAAAAAGGAACAGCCGUAAAGGAAGCAUUUUCUGGGCUUCAACUAGAUAAAGAAUUUCGCAGUGAACUUCGGGGUCCUCAUGGAUUCGAUCAUCAAAAAGCAAGCGGGUGGUGGGCUCCAGGUGCCGACAGAAGUCAACAAGGCGAUAUAAACCUUCCUUAUAUUGAAUAA